AUGGAGGUAGACGGACUUCUAUUUGCACAAGUUCUGUCGGCGCUUGCUGAUACCCUCAUCGGCUUUGACAAUCCACCUCCCUUGCGAUCGCUACAGCGUGAAAAAUUUAUCUGGGAUUUUCUACCUGCUUUUCUUCGACGGGGGACGCACGCAGCAUGCGUCAUGUGGGUAUCGAGCAUGGCCUACGGUUCUGCAAAUACCACUAACAAUGUAGCUGAAUACUGGGGGCUCGUUCACGGGCUUCGACAAGCGAAGGCUAGCGGCUACUCACCUCUGCAUGUCGUGGCGCUCGUGCUUUCGCAACUACGGACGCACCAUCCUCCACGCAAGCCACACCUGGCGCUGCUAUUCCGAGAGGCAAGAUCAAUUGCUGACAAUAUCGGUGUCUCCAGCUGGGGACAUCACUAUCGCUCAAAUAACAAAAUGGCGGAUCGAAUGGCGAAUAUCGCCAUGGACACUGGAGCCUCUAUACAAGUGCACGCUUCUGCAGGGGAAGGUAUUGUCAUGGAGGCUUCGGCAUUCCUGGACCAUGAUGUCAACCACUGGAUGGAGGUCUCUCAAGCCGAACACCACGAAUCCCAGGGACACGCGAUGACGCCACGGAACCUAAUCAUCUCGAGACAAGACUUUGCGCGACGGCGCUCGGCUGUCCGCGGACUAGUUGUACCUAGUACUUAA